AUGGAUUCCGGUACUUCUUUUUCUGACGAAUCGGGGGCAUGUGAAGAAACGAAGCUGUCUCCAUGUGAAGACCAAGUCAAAUCAGAUGCAUUCAAAGAUGCAACACUGCCACCCAUCGAUGGUGGGAUCCAUGCAUGGUUGUUCUUAGCCGCUUCUGCAAUGAUAGAAGCUCUCGUAUGGGGAUUUGCCUUUUCAUUCGGUGUUUUCCAGAGCUACUAUCACGACAAUGAAAUCGUACAGGAUUCCAACAUGGUGGCUGUUAUUGGAACAUGUGCAACAGGCGUCGCGUACAUGAGCUGUCCUCUGGUAAUCACCACUAUGAUUCUCCUCCCUCGAACAGCAAGAUGGUUCUCCACAAUCGGUCUGACCAUCAUGUGUCUGUCGCUAGCCAUGGGCUCAUUUUCGAAAAACUUCACACACCUCGUGCUCUCCCAAGGCGUUGGGUUUGGAAUAGGUGGCUGCAUCGCAUAUAGCCCCUCUAUUUUAUACAUGUCUGAAUGGUUCGAUAAGCGAAGAGGGCUCGCUUUCGGCAUCGUCUGGGCUGGGUCUGGUUUGUCUGGAGUGCUUAUCCCUCUGGCUUUGGAGAAAUUCUUGGGACAAUACGGUUUCCGGACGACUUUGAGAAUCUUUUCCGUGUUGAUAUUCGUGCUCGCCGCUCCAUUUCUCUAUUUCCACAAGUCACGCCUACCCGUUUCGAGAGAAGUCAAAUACGAUCGGCUCAAUGCUCGAUUCCUGUGCAGCCGGGUCUCGAUCAUCUACCAGCUUGGUAAUAUUGCAGAGGCACUCGGAUUUUUCCUCCCCGCAAUUUAUCUUCCGACGCUUGCACGUACGCUUGGGGCCUCUGAUUUUCUGGCUUCGCUUACAGUGACUGCUCUAAACCUGGCAUCUGUAUUCGGCAGCGUGUCCAUGGGGUUUUUAUCCGAUCGGUGGCACACACUCACAUGUGUUUCAAUCUCCACAGCAGGCACUGUAGUGUCUGUUUUCCUGAUAUGGGGCUUUGCUACUACCAUCCCGGUUUUGAUGGUGUUUGGCGUUGCCUACGGAUUAUUUGCCGGCGGCUACUCUGCGAUCUGGUCGGGUAUGAUACGCGAAAUCCAGAAAGACAACCCGGCAGCAGAUGCAACGAUUAUUUUUUCCACUAUAGCGUUCGGCCGUGGUGUCGGUAAUGUUGUCAGUGGACCAUUCAGCGAGGCGUUGAUACAAGCAGACUGCUGGCAAGGGCACGCGAUGGGUGCCUAUGGUAGUGGAUUCGGGCUUCUCAUUGUCUGUACAGGCCUCUCUGCCGUUUUGGGCGGAUUGUCGUUGAUUUCACACUUUUCAAGGUGUAUGAAAUGA